AUGAAUCCGCCCCGGAGAGAGAGCCGACGGCACUCGAACCCGACAACCAUUGAUGGGGUAGCCAAAGCAGAGCUCAAUGCUGAGCUCGGAGAUGUCCUAGCCGAUCAGGAGAAAAUAGCAUCGCCCUCGUUCGGCGAAUACCAGCAACCGAACGAGAUCGAAUAUCUUUAUUUAACCUUUGAGACCCCAUUGCCACACCCCGUGGGUAUUGCUUCUCCGCAGCCUGGGCAAGCGGCUCCACCCCCAUGUCCCGACCUCACCAAAUAUGCCUCCCCAUUUCUAUGGUCCGAGUCUCGCAAAACCGUCGUCACCAUGAUCUCCUGCGGCGUGACAGCGAUGUCUGCGUACGCUGCAGGAGAAUACACUCCGCCGUCGGAUGAGUUGACCCGCAAAUGGGGUAUCAGUAAGGUAGUCUACAACCUCGGUAUCACGCUAUUCACCCUAGGGUUUGGCAUUGCUCCCAUGGUGCUGGCACCUUUUUCGGAGAUCAAUGGAAGACGAAGUAUCUUCAUACUGAGUGGCUUAGUUUUUACCGUGUGCCUGAUUGGAUGCGGAGCUACAGACUCCUUUGCCGGCCUUCUAGUCGCGAGAUUCUUCCUGGGCAUCGGCGGAUCGACCUUCUCGACAAUGGUUGGCGGAGUGCUAAGUGAUAUUUACCAUGCCGAGGACCGAAAUGCUCCCAUGUCAUGUUUCUCAGGAGCUGUAUUGUUUGCAACCGGCCUGGGGCCCCUCGUGACGGGAUUCAUCAACAACCGUGCCGGUUGGCGCUGGAUUUACUACUCCCAAGCAAUUGCCGCAGCUGGCUUUCUUGCCAUCAUUUUCUUUUUCCUGAAAGAGACUCGGGGGAGUGUGCUCGUCAGUCGAAAGGCGAAAGCUCUCAACAAAUACUAUGAAGCGCUGGAGAAUGCUGGAUACUAUGGUGUCGUAUUCAGCGCCGAUGACUCAACGGAAAAGCAGGAGGUGAAACGCAUCCGAUGGAAGGUCAAGAGCGACGAAGAACGUGAGAGUCUGGCAAAGAUGAUUUCGAUUUCAUGCUAUCGACCUUUUCAUCUAUUGGUGACGGAGCCGGUGGUGUUCUUCUUCUCGGCAUAUGUCUCUUUCAGCUGGGGUGUUUUGUAUCUCCAGUUCAGCUCAAUCCCUCUAGUGUUCCGCACCAACCAUAACUUCAACAUGGAACAGUAUGGGGCUGUGUUCUCUGCGGUGUCCAUUGGAGCUUUGCUUGCAACCGUUCUUAGUAUCUACCAAGAGAAAUUCGCCAUGCGGAUUGGUAAAAUGUCGAGCACCCCGGAAGGCCGACUUCUUUUCGCUUGUGUCGAGUCCGUCCUGAUGCCAAUCGGCCUAUUCUGGUUUGGCUGGACUUCUUUUCCGUCUGUGCCGUGGAUUGUGCCGACCAUUGCGGUUGGGUGUGCUACUAUGGGGAUCUUUUCGAUCUACUUGGCCACAUUCAAUUACCUUGCCGACACUUACCACCGGUAUGCGAGCUCUGCCAUUGCGGCGCAGUCUUUCUGCCGGAAUGUUCUAGCGGGAGUCUUUCCUUUGGUGGCCGAGCAAAUGUUUCGAAAUCUUGGAUAUCCCGGUGCCUCGAGUCUCCUGGGUGGGAUUGUGAGAGAAUUGAAGAACCCUUGA